AGUGACGGGUCUUAGUGACGGACUCAAGUGACGGCGCCGAGCGCUGCUGGAAUGUCUGGAAGUGAGUCCUCCAACGCAUUACCGAUCCCCGCCAACCCUGGGUCAUGCAACGUUCCGGGAUCAUCGCUGUCGCGCCCGCUCGAUCCAAAUAUAUCUCGUCAGAUGUCGCACUUCGCCCACGAGGGGACAGCCACCUCCCCGGACGACCCACGUCUGACCGCCACCGCGGCCAUCGCGGCACCGUCUUUAUCCACAGGACCCCGCGACGGUGAGGCUCCCCUCGAAUAUGGAGUCGACUCGACGGACGCCGGCCUUUCCGCGCUAAUGGCGGUCCCACACUACCCCCAACUCGCACCCCCUCGUCGCACCGUGCUGUCCGUGUCCGAGCUCGUCAAUGCCGUCAUGGAGCCGGACACCUACUUCCGGCAUGGAGAUGCGCCCUCCGACCCCGCGCCGCCGCCGCCAACCUCCUCGUCUCCCCCGGCCGAGUUGUACAUGUCGGAUUCUGAAAUGACCGAUGUUCUCUCGGAUGUAGGCGGCGUGCCGCUGGGCCCGUACCUUGGGAAUGAUAUGAGCACGGGCGGUUUGGUCCACCAUGGGACCCUAGGACUUGGCGACGCGGCCUUGACGGACGAUAGCGAUGACGAGGGCGCCCAUGGCUUAAUUAUGGAUUUUGAUACACCGGUGGAACGGGCGACUCCUGUCUCCGUGCGCGAGGAUGAUUCCGACACGCGCGUUUUCUACGGCGGCCAGGAGGAUACCGAUGUCCGUGGGGAGCGUGGGGGGCGUGCGGAGCGUGCGGACUCUCUGCCGUCCGGUUCGCCUGUGAUUCAACCGUCGGAGGUCGAUGUCGGUGAUCCGUACAGCGGGUUCGAGGAGGAUGAUAUCAUGGCACAGCUGGCGGACGACCAGGGUCUAGGCGAAUUCAUUGUCGAUCAUCAAUUCCCGGAUAUGGACAUCCACGGUACAAUACAGGAGCGAAAUUUCAACAUCGAUCAGUUUAUCUUCCAGUGGCUGGUUCACUGGUCGAACGGGACGAUCCCCAGCAUCCCACACUUACGGACGCCGUCGCCGCAAGGUCCGAUCUCCAAUAUCGCGUGCUGGUCACCCCCGGAGAAGACCGUUCGGCCCGCGCGCUAUCGCGGAGACUUUUUCGAUCUUCAGCCCAUCCCCUGGUGGGAAACCCUCCGGGUCAAGCGCUCCGAUGCCCGCAAAUUCCGCGAUCAGGGCUACACCUCCUACCACAACCUGGAAUACUCGCAGCACCGGCCGGGGGCGCGGCUGCCGCAGGAGGAGUUCUACUUCCAGGAGAAGUCCAUGCACACCAAGUGCAAGGCGACGAUCGAACACUUCCAGCUCCGCAAUCUCAUGUCGGUGCCCGCGUACAACACCGUCCACUUCGCCCACCAGUGCAAGGUAUACUCGUGGGUGCCGGGCUACGACGACCUAACCUGCUUGAUCGACCUGUCGCAACAUCACGCCGAGUCCGCCCUCCAGGGCCGGGUGAAAAUCUCCACCAUGAAGUCAGCCUGCGAUGUGACCAUCGCCGGGGGGUUCACAGGGGAGUAUGCAUUGCGGGCGACAGGCACAGACGGGGCCGGCGUAGACGGCUACGUCACGCAAGACCCCAACGGCAUCACCAAUCACAUCGACAUCGUACCGAGCCGCACAAACCGCUCCCCGCAGGGGAUAUUCGCAUCCAACGACCGACACCUACGGGUACUCGACUGCGAAACCAACACCUUCAUCACAGACCACGAGCUCUCCCGAGCCAUCAACUGCACAGCGACCUCCCACGACGGCCGACUCCGCGUCGUCAUCGGCGACUCUCCCGAUGCCUGGGUAAUCGAAGCCGACACAGGCCGCCCCGUCCACCCACUCCGCGGGCACCGCGACUUUGGCUUCGCCUGCGCGUGGUCCCCCGACAUGCGACACAUCGCCACAAGCAACCAGGACAAAACCGCCAUCAUCUGGGACGCGCGCAUGUGGCGGGCCCUCGAGAAAAUCGAAUCCGACGUAGCCGGCUACCGCUCCCUCCGGUUCUCCCCCGUCGGCGGCGGCCCGCGCACCCUCCUCCUCACCGAACCAGCCGACCGCAUCGCGAUCGUCAACGCCCAGACCUACCAAACCCGCCAAGUCCACGACUUUUUCGGCGAAGUCGGCGGCGCGGAUUUCUCGCCCGACGGCUCCACCAUCUGGGUAGCCAACACCGACGAGCACUUUGGCGGGUUCAUGGAGUUCGAGCGACGGCAGUGGGGCCAGCGGUAUGGGCAGGGUCGGCGCGAGAUGCCGUGUGAGUGGGCGCGCGAGACGGACCUCGACGAUGAUGAGCGGUGUGUGCUUAGUGAGCGGGAAAGACAGUUGCGGUUUUUGUGGAAUUGGAGUGAGGACGAGUAUGAGGGGUUGUUGGUGUAGAUAUAUUUACUUUUUUUUUUUUUCACUUGUGUUUUUCUUUGUUUAUCUUUUAUUUUCUUCGGUGCUGCGGGCGGUAUGUGUUUUAUGAUACCAUUUGUUAUU